AUGGCUGGUUUGGCUCCAGAAGGAUCUCAAUUUGAUACUUGCCAAUACGAUGCUAAAAUGACCGAGUUGCUUUCAACAGAGAGACGGGAUUUCUUCAAACCAUAUGACGAGGUCUUUGAAACUUUUCAUAUAAUGGGUUUGAAAGAAAACCUUCAAAGGGGCAUAUAUGCUUACGGUUUUGAGAAGCCUUCUGCUAUCCAGCAAAGAGGAAUAGUUCCUUUUUGUCAGGGACUUGAUGUGAUUCAACAGGUUCAGUGUGGAACUGAAAAAACUGCAACCUUUUGUUCUGGUAUUUUGCAGCAACUCGAUUAUGAUGUGGUCCAGUGCCCAGCUCUGGUUUUGGCUUCGACUACGGAGCUGGCACAACAGAUAGAGGAGGUAAUGCGAGCUCUUGGUGACUACCUUGGUGUUAAGGUUCAAGCUUUUGUGGGUGGGACGAGUACCUGGUCAUGUAUUUGA